AGGGUGGGCGCGCAGGCGCAGUCCGACCGGCCGACUGGCUCCGGGCGGCAGCGAUGUCGGGAUCGGCGGGCGGGCCGGGCGGCGGCAAGCUCGACAUCAACCGGGCCGGUGUAGCAGAGCUCGAGCGGGCCCUGGUCGGGAUCGGGCGCCGCCGGGCGAGGGGCAUCGUGCGCAAGAGAGAGGAGCUGAAGGGUUUCGCCUCCCCAGAGGACCUGCUGCGCGUCAAGGGCGUCACUGCCCGGAUCCUGGAGCUCAACAGCCAGCGGGUGAUCUGCUCCCGCCGGCCGGACCCUGCCAGUGCUGCCGCCGCCGCCGCCGCCGCCGCCGCCCCCCGGAAUGGCACCGCCACGGAGGCUCAGGAGGAGGAGGAGGAGGGCGAGGGCGCACUGUGUUCGAGCCAAGCCCCCGUUCAGGGCUGUUGGGAGCCAGACGGUUUGGCAGAUCUGGACCCGGAGCCCAGUAGUUCCUACCCCCUGGGGGGGGCGGAAUCUGAGGAUGAGGAGAGCGGAGGAAGCAGCGAUGGGGAGGAAAGCGGGGGAGAUGUCUACUUCUACUACACGGUGGACGAACGCUGGAUCGAUUACCUGGAGCGGACGGAGGGUGGGGGCCUCAUCCGGCACACCCGGCCCAAGAUGAAACGCAAGUCAGAGAAUGGCCCAGAUGGCAGAGCCCAGUCCCCUGGUAAAAAACUAUGCAGGGGUUCUGAGAGGGGCAGAAUGCUGGGCCCCUGUGUUGCUAGUCCCACUGCCACAUUUGGGGAUUUGCGGAACGCAAAGGCAGGUCAGGCACGCUGCCGGCAUGUCCCCCCGUUGACCCCACCCCCUGAACUGCAGGAUUGGCUACGGACUUUCCAGCGCUGGAGCAGCCCAGAGAAGCUGCUGGCUCUGGAUGAGCUCAUUGACCGUUGUGAGCCUCCCCAGAUCAAGCACAUGAUGCAGGUGAUUGAGCCCCAAUUCCAGCGUGAUUUCAUAUCACUCCUCCCCAAAGAGCUGGCUCUGUACGUGCUUACGUUCUUGGAGCCCCGGGAUCUGCUCCGUGCGGCUCAGACAUGCCGCUAUUGGCGCAUUUUGGCCGAGGACAACCUGCUGUGGCGGGAGAAGUGUCGUGAUGUAGGUAUUGAAGAGCCACUGAGCCUGCGCAAGCGUCGGUUGCUCAGCCCAGGCUUCAUGUACAGCCCCUGGAAACUGGCCUUUCUGCGGCAGCACCGUAUUGACAUGAACUGGCGCAGCGGCGAUGCCCGGCCCCCCAAGGUCCUGAAAGGCCACGAUGACCACGUCAUCACAUGUCUCCAGUUCUGUGGCAACCGCAUUGUUAGCGGCUCAGAUGACAACACGCUCAAGGUUUGGUCAGCUGUCACCGGUGAGUGCGUGCAGACCCUUGUAGGACACACAGGUGGCGUCUGGUCCUCCCAGAUGAGGGACAACAUUGUGAUCAGUGGCUCCACGGACCGGACUUUGAAGGUGUGGAAUGCUGACACUGGCGAGUGUGUACACACCCUUUAUGGGCACACGUCCACUGUGCGCUGCAUGCACCUCCAUGGCACCAGGGUAGUGAGUGGCUCACGGGAUGCCACCCUCCGCCUGUGGGACAUUGAGACAGGGCAGUGUUUGCAUGUGCUGAUGGGCCACGUCGCUGCUGUGCGCUGCGUCCAGUAUGAUGGGCACAAGGUUGUGAGCGGUGCUUACGACUACACGGUGAAAGUCUGGGACCCCGAGACGGAAAGUUGCGUCCACACCUUGCAAGGCCAUACCAACCGUGUCUACUCCCUGCAGUUUGAUGGAACCCACAUUGUGAGUGGCUCCCUGGACACUUCCAUCCGCGUGUGGGACGCUGAGAGUGGCAACUGCCUGCAUACGCUGAUGGGGCACCAGUCCCUGACAAGCGGCAUGGAGCUGAGGGACAAUAUCCUUGUCUCUGGCAACGCUGAUUCCACUGUCAAGAUAUGGGACAUUAAGACCGGCCAAUGCCUGCAAACGCUUCAAGGUCCGAGUAAGCACCAGAGUGCUGUCACCUGCCUCCAGUUCAGUUCUAAGUUUGUGGUGACCAGCUCAGAUGAUGGCACCGUCAAGUUGUGGGACCUGAAGACAGGAGAGUUUGUGCGCAACCUGGUGGCCCUGGAGAGUGGAGGCAGCGGUGGGGUGGUCUGGCGCAUUCGCGCCUCCAACACAAAGCUUGUGUGUGCUGUGGGCAGCCGCAAUGGAACUGAGGAGACAAAACUGCUUGUGUUGGAUUUUGAUGUGGACCUUAAAUGAGGGGGGGGGGCUGGACUGUUUAAGGGAGCCUGCUGGACAGGCGUCCUGGGUGGGAUGUGUGGUGCCUGGCCCAAGCACCUUAUUUAUAGCUGGGCAUAUGGGGCCCCGGGCAGCUGGCAGAACGGCAUAGCGCCAAGGCCUGCUUUUUGUACACUAAUAAUAUAUCACUUUAUUUCUGUA